AUGUUUUUUUUACCCAUAGUAAAUAUUGGACGUGGAGACCAAGACCCAAGAUCUAAGGUCACAGGCAAUCAAGUACAGAUGAGGUUUCGACGGAAAUUGAUUAGGUGCGAAAACGAAAGAAGAGUGACGAGUGAAACUUCUGCUAUUUCUCUCUAGAAUAAAGGUCCACACAAGGGCAUCACAGUUUAUUUCAUCCCACUUGAUUACACUUUUACCCCACCAAAGACGAUAUAGUGUGGCGAGAAUGGCCCUUAGGCAACUCUAAGGCACCUUCUCAGGCACCGCCAGGCAUGAACUAAGGCAUCUGAGGCAAGAUUUGUCCUCACGAAAGUCUGAAGCAUGUCCCCAGGCACGCCUCAAGCAACAAAAUGCACCUC